AUGCAGAGAUCAUCGAACAGUUCCAGAGUGACUGAAGAGUUGUUCAAGAACGCAAGCACAGACACAGAUCAACAAGAACUUCCCACGUAUGAUCCACUUUCUCACAUUGGAAAGAAGGAAAAGUCUCGUCUCAGAUCUGCUGAGUAUGCAAUCCAUGUCAUCCCUCUCCUUCUUGUUCUCUGUGCCAUCAUCCUCUGGUUCUUCUCCAACUCCCCAGUCAAUCCUGGUGUUUAUACUACCUUCCCUGUGACCCUUUUGCCUAUUUCUAUCCUCUGUUCUGACCUGGGCUUUCAAAAAUCAGAUUUCUCAAUGCUACGGAGAGCCAAGGAUUUGAGAAUCGAUAACGUCGGCAAAGGUGUUAAUUCAUGGAACAGGUUGCUGGCUGGCUUUCCUCUUGGCCAAAAGAAGAAAAGAAGCGAAGGGCACUCCAAACAAUCUUCCGAAGGGCUCGGAUUGGAGCCUGGUGCCGGCGGCAAUUAUGGAGGAAGAUUGUGUGAUGUUCUCACAAGUCGUAACCUAUUACGAUCAACUCAAAAUGUGUCUAUUAGGGAGCAAGUAAUUGUGUUCUUACAAAUUGUAGGCCAAAACCAAAGAUUUCGGGUUAUUAGUGGUAUAUACUAUAGGUCUGUUGAAACUAUUCAUCGUUACUUUAGAAUUGUUUUAAAAGCAAUUCUUAAGUUAUACAAACACCUUAUUAAAGAUCCAGAGGAUACAGUUCCAGCAGAGAUAAUGAAUAAUAGAAGAUUCUAUCCUUAUUUUAAGGAGUGUGUGGGAGCAAUUGAUGGUACCCAUGUUCCUGCAAAUGUUCCUGUUGAGAUUCAAGGAAAGUUUCGAGGACGAAAAGAAGGAACAACACAAAAUGUUUUAGCAGCUAUAACUUUUGAUUUGAAGUUUAUAUAUGUUUUAGCUGGCUGGGAAGGAAGUGCCCAUGAUUCACGGGUUUUAGGUGAUGCAUUAUCAAGAUCUAAUGGUCUAAAAAUUCCAGAAGGGAAAUAUUAUCUUGGUGAUGCUGGUUACGGUAUUCGAAAAGGAAUCAUUUCUCCUUUUCGUGGAGUUCGAUAUCACUUGAAUGAGUUUACAGAACGUUCACCAGAAAAUAAAAAGGAGCUAUUUAAUCUUCGACACUCUUCAUUGAGAACCGCUAUUGAGCGAGGGUUUGACAUUUUGAAGAGUCGUUUUAGAUCAAUUGAUGGAAAAUCUUUUUGGUCUUAUGAAACACAAGUAGAUGUUGUGCUUGCAUGUUGUAUUAUUCAUAAUCACAUAAUGGGGGUUGAUCCUUAUGACUUUCUUAUGGAAGAAAUAUGUUCGGAUAAAAUGAGUUCCACACAGAAUGAAAAAUGCAAGGGCAAGCACUUCACAUGGUCUAAGCCUAUGUCUCACAUGUUGCUUGAGAUAUUAGCUGAGGAGGCACUUAAAGGAAGCAAACCUUCUUCCACCUUUAAAGCAGAAUCUUUUGUUAAGGUGGCUACAGAAAUCAGUCAAAAGUUCAAUGUGCAAUGCGAGCCUAAGCAUGUGGACAAUCAUCUCAAGACUGCACAUCCCAAUCAUGACAAGUAUCUCAACAAAAAACUUGAUAUGUAUGAGAUAAUGACAAUUGUUGUUGGAAAAGACAUGGCAACCGGGAAUUAUGCCAAAUCAUAUGUUGAUGUCAACUUGGAAGAGAACACUCAAGAUCAAUCAAUUUCAAUUGAAAAUGAAGGGGAAUAUGAAGAAACUUCUAAGGGAAAAGAGACAUCUUCCUCUAGUACGCAAAAGAGGCAACAUAGGAAGAGAAAUUGCAUGUAUGAAGAUGAUGGUGUUGAAAAGUUGUCUAAACAGAUUGGAGAUGUAGCACUUGCAAUUCAAAGCCUCAGCAAAAAUCAACUUGAUGUUAAUGCGUUGUAUGCGGAAGUGAUGAAAAUUGAAGGCUUUGAUGAGAUCACUCUUGGGGAGGCAUUUGAUCAUUUGGUCCAAAAUGAAAUGUUGGCAAAAGCAUUUAUGGCAAAAAAUGCUAAUUUGAGGAAAAUUUGGGUUCAGAAUUUUGUGAACCAACACUACUACAGGCCUGCUUGCUAA